AUGCGUUCUUUCUUGAUCUUCUCUCUGCUAGGCCUUGCUGCGUCUGUCGUGGCUCAAGAUGUGGAUUCAACUGAUAUCCCAUCUCAGUGCAAGGACAUUUGCGCCCCUGUUGUCAGCCUCACUUCCACUUGCGACAAGAAGAAUAAUAACGACGAUGCGGCUGAGAUUAAAUGUGUCUGCAAUGACCCCCGCGCAUCGAAGAACAUUCCAGACUGUGCUGCUUGUCUGGACAAGUACAGUAAAGACGGCAAGGACAACGACGCAAAUGAUAUUGUCCGCCAGUGCUCCUUUACCUCGACCAUGUAUGAUGCUACUGCCACCUCUGCCUCCGCAACAUCCAACUCCUCUGCCAGCAUGACUUCUCCCAGCUUGGCUUCGGGCAGUGGAAAUAUGUCAGUCACCUCUAUGAGAGGAACUGCGUCUGCUACAGGCAGUUCUACUAGCUCGAAUGCUGAGUCGUCGCCUUCAACAAGCUCAGCUGGCAAGUCAAUUGAGCUAGCAAGUGGACUGUUUGGAACAGCUCUUCUUAGCCUCAUGGCUUUCGUUGCACUUUGA